UUCCUAAGCAUGAUGAAGUACAGUUUAUGAGCUAUUUGUGAUGUAAAUUCUUCAAUUUGCAACAGUUGAAUUGGUGUGAAAUGGUGAGUUCCCACUUUCUACUUUGAACGAGACUAAGUGGUUGGGAUGCUUACCCUUUUGUGGAAAUGUGUUUCUCAUAACUAGGCUGUCUGCUGUUGGAAGAAACCUGAAAUGAUGAUAUCGAUGCCUUUGCUUCCCCACUCACCCUCAUCACCACCACUCCCAUCAUGCCACGUGUCCUCAACACCGACACUUUCUAUUAGCCUACGGGGUUGUGGUACACCACCAGGCCUACCUACCCCAUGCAUCCUCAUGUGCAUGCAUGGUGCAUACACAUUCCCAAGAUCAUAAUAUCCAUCAUAUCAUGUGCAUCAAAACAAACUUCACCACAACUCUCAAUGUGCUUUGGGAGUUCAAGCCUCACUUCUACCACAUAUAACCCCUCUCUGCACCAAAUUAGCAUUACCACCUUCUCUUGAAUUUGUCCCUCUUUCGCUCUCACACGAAAAGUGUGUGUAUAUACAUCUUUUUGUAUGAAACAAAUGCAAGUAAGGUUUAAAAAAGAGUCUGCAAUUAUGAUUUUGACCGUAAUAUCAAGGUUUUUUUUGUGUCUGCGACCAUAGUACAACUUUAGUAGUACUAUCAAGGUUUUUGUUGUGAUUUUGACCUUAAUAUCGAGGUUUUUUAUGUGUCUGCGACCACACAACUUUAGUAGUAACAUCAAGGUUUUUGUGAUGAUGGAGAGUGGAUGGAAGGCUGAGGUUGAGAUAUCACCAAAUUGUCCAAGGUGUGGUUCUUCCAAUACCAAGUUCUGCUACUACAAUAACUACAGCUUAACUCAACCAAGGUACUUUUGCAAAGGGUGCAGAAGGUACUGGACCAAAGGAGGGUCUCUUCGGAAUGUGCCUGUUGGUGGUGGCUGCAGGAAGAACAGAAGAGGUAACAAGACCUUGCUGAGACAAUCCAUUGAUGGUUUCACUUUCAAAACUUCAUCAUCAUCACCUUGUGGGAAUGCCACAGAUCAUAAUAAUAACCCUGUUGGGCAUUCUUAUGAUCCCAGAAUAAGGACUUCUGCAGCUUCUAGCUCCUCAUCAGUGCUGAGUGAUGGACCAAAUAUUGAUCUUGCACUAGUUUAUGCAAAUUUCCUCAACCAAAACCCCAGUUCUGAAUCUGGAAUUGAGAGCAGUAAUCCAGAUCAAGUUCGAACAGCUUUUGAUCCUUCUCUGGAGAAUAAUUCAAGGCUAUCAAACACAGAUGUUUCUGAUCCUAGUACUUUGCCUGAAGAAAUUUCUCUUACUGGGUGUUUGAAUCUUCCAGAACAACCAUCCACACAUUCUGCUGAGGCUAAUAAUGGUGGCCAAAUAUGCUAUGGUGAGUUCAGAACUAUGCAGACUAUUCAAGAUGGAGUUCAGCAGUGUAGUAGUCAUGGUGGUGCUGUGAAUUUUGAGCUGCCGCCAUUACCCGGUGAAGUGGAAGCCUCACACGAUCAUCAUCAUCAUCAUAUGAUGUGGUCAUCAAAUUCUGAGAUGAUGACAUUUCAAGCCACACAACCACCACUUCUUGGACCUGAAGUUCAUGAUGCAGACUUGUUAAUAGGUAAUUGGAGCCCCUUUGAUUUGCCUUGAGAUGUUUAAGAAAAAUUAUUCUGUUCAUUUUUCAUUGCUUGCUUGUUAUGUUUAGAUUGAAUUAUUACUACUAAAUAAUAAAUUUAUAAAUGUAAACACAAAUUAAGUCUCUAUUUAGUCUACACAGUAACACUACA